AUGUUAGAAAGUGAAGAGUUUAUACAUGAAUAAGAACAGUUAAAGGAAUAUGAGAUAUCAAAGCCAACCUUUUUGACAUAAAAAUAGGCUGAGAAAAGAAGUUAAUAAAUUGUUUAGGAAUCCAUUAACUACAAUUUAUAACUAAGAUUAAACAAAGGCGAUAGCUAUUAAGGAAUUGUUGAAAUCGAGUUUAAUGUUUCUCAUGUGCAAGGAGAUAUCUUUAUAGAUUAUUCAGGGCAAAACAUUGAUAAAAUAAUAGUCAAUAGUUAAUUGAUUCCUUAGUCUGAGAAAACUUACUUAAAUCAAAUAUGGAAUGGACUUUUUUUGACUAUACCACUUUAGUAUUGCAAUAAUGGUAGAAAUAGAAUUAUUAUUGUUUUUUCAAAUAAGUAUUCAAACGAUGGCUAUGGCUUGCAUAGUUUUAUCGAUACUGAUUAGCUUUAGUAUAUCUAUUCUGAUAAUGAACCAUUCUACUGUAAUAGAAUAUUCCCUUGUUUCGAUUAACCUGACUUGAAAGCAAACUUAUCAGUCACAAUAAUAGCUCCUAAAGAUUGGAUGAUCGUCUCAAAUGAACUUAAAGUAAAAGAUAGCUCUUACACUAAAGCAGAGUACAAAACAUAUAAUCCAGAUGCUUAGUUAUCUUGUGAGAUUUUAGGAAACAUUCCUGACUAAAAUGAUUAUCAUUUUGGUAUUUUUAAGAAAACUUAGCUUUGUCCAAGCUAUUUGUUUUGUUUUGCGGCAGGAUCGUAUUAGGAGAUAAAAUGCAAAAAUCCUUACAACAAUAUACCCAUGAGCAUUUAUUGUAGAAAAUCCCUACUUACACAUGCAGAAAAAUUAACUGAUUGGAUAUUUGCAGCAAAUAUAGAAGCUAUUAAACUUUAUGAGCAACUGUUUGACUAUCCUUUCCCAUAUAGCAAGUUAGAUUCUAUCUUUUGUCCUGAGUAUAAUUCUGGUGGAAUGGAAAAUAUUGGAUUGAUUACCUAUGAUGAUGAGUAUUUAUUUAGAGAAGAACAGACUUCAAAGUAGUAUACAUACUUCCUAAUAACAAUUACUCAUGAAAUUUCUCAUAUGUGGUUUGGGGACCUCGUUACUAUGAAAUGGUGGAAUGAUUUAUGGCUAAAUGAGUCAUUUGCAGAAUUUAUUUCUCAUUACAUAAUUUCUAAGAUGAAUGUUAACCAUAAACCUCUUUGUAACAUUUGGGUAUUAUUCAACGACUCUAUUUAGUGGGGUUAUUAAGCCGACUAAAAGACAACUACCCAUCCUAUAGCUGGUGAUGUUGAGAAUACAGAAAUAGCUCUAUCAAUAUUUGAUGGAAUAUCUUAUUCUAAAGGAAGUGCAGUGUUACGUUAGUUAAUGUGCCUGAUGGGUGAAAAACCUUUCUUUGAUGGACUCAAAACCUAUUUCAAGAAGUUUGCUUUCAAAAAUGCUGUUUUAAAUGAUUUAAUCAUUCAUUUAGAAUAAGAAUUUAAAAAAUUGCAUCUUGGUUUUACAAUUAAUGAAUGGCAAAGAUAGUGGAUUUAAACUGCUGGAUUAAAUGAGUGUUAACCUAUUUUCAACCCAUAAGACAGAAGUGAUCAUGCUAAGCUUAAGAUAAUAUAAAAAUCAACAUUAACUUAGCAUUAAACCUUGAGAAGGCAUAAGAUUUAGGUAGCUUUUUUUGACUAAAAUGCAAACAUCACCACCUAUCCAAUACUUAUAAAUGAUUACUAAGAAACUAUUUUGACAUAUGAUGCAAGUAAAACUGAGUACAAAGCAGUGUUACUUAAUUAUGCAGACCAAGGAUAUAUCAAGAUUAACUUUGAUGACGUUUCUUUUAAUUUCUUUAAGAAGAAUGUGUGUAAGAUAAACGAUAUCUUAACAAGAACUCUAAUUUGGGGAGUUUUUUAUGACUUAGUUAGAGAUGGUAAAAUCUCCUCAGAAGAAUUUGUGGAAAUUUUUAUUGAAAACAUUCCAAAUGAGUAAUCAGAAGAUAUAAUAACCAAUUAAGUAGAAAAUAUUACUCAACUCUAUUCAUAAUACACUCCAGAAAAGUAUAAACUAGCACUUGGAGAGAGAAUUUUUAACUUUUUACUAAUGUAUCUCCUUAGCAUACCUAAAGAUAAUAAAAAUAGGAUAAUAUGUGUAAGAGAUAGUUUAGAUAGCUUUGCAAGAUCUGAAGUACACAUAAUAAAACUAGUUAAUUGGCUUAAAAAAGAAGACUAAGAUUUAAAGCACAUAGAAAUAGGUUUAGCUUUAUCUUGGAGAAUAGUAGCUCUAGCUCAUAAAUGCAAAAAAUACACUCGUGAAGAAAAGAAUGCUCUUUUCUAAAAACAAAAAGAAAGAGAUCCAUCAGACACCUCAUAAUACAACUAACAUUUAUGCAAAGCACUUGAUUUAAGCCCUGAUGAAAGAGAAACACUAUGGAAGUUUUAUAUUUCAAGCUCAAAUAAACUUUCUGUUAAGAAUUUGACAUACUCUUGGAGCGGUUUUAACAGCACAUUUAAUAGGACAGAUCUUAUGCCCUAUUUUGAUAAAUUUUUUGGUGUUAUAAAAACUAUAAUAGACACCAAAUCUCAAGAGUUUGCUUCUGAAUUUUUCUCAUAUUUGUUACCUGUGACUGAAGAUUUUUAGAGGUUAAUAUAAAAUCUUGAGCAACUAUUAUCAAAUUUAGAUGAAGACCACUCUUACUUUAAAGUUUUAAUUGAAGAGUAACUAGAUGAUAUUUAACGCUAAUAAAAAGCUCACCUAUGCUUUAAAAAUAGAGCAUCUUUAGCUAAACAUAAUUGA